AUGUGCCGUAAUCUUCCAUCUCUUACAGGGCUUCAUCUUUCUAAAAAUCAAUUGAGUGGCACGAUUCCCACAAAUCUAUCCCAAUGUUCAGGGGUUGAGGUGUUGAGCCUCUCUUACAACUCUUUUUGUGGGGAGAUACCUUCAGAAAUCGGCUACUUAACAUCUCUUCAGUUGUUAUAUCUUGGUGGUAACAAUUUGAAUGGAAUACUACCACAUGAGAUUGGCCAUCUUCAGAGUCUGGUUAGUUUUGGUGCUGAACAGAAUGAGAUUGCGGGCUCAAUUGAUUUCAAUAUUUUCAUGAAUAUGUCUUCUCUGCAAAACAUAAAUCUAUGGCGCAACAAAUUCACGGGGAACCUUUCAAGGGAUGUCGGGAAUAUUACCAUGCUAACAGAGUUAUACUUCCAGGAAAACCAUUUAACAGGUACAACAGAGUAA